UCAAGGUCAUUUAAGAUUCGUUCAUAGGUCGUCCAUGUUCUUUAGUCUCGGGCAGCAUCAUUGAAGUUACGUGUAGAUAUAAGGUCACUCUAAUUAUAACACCUAGAUCUUUAUGGUCCAUUACUAAAGAUAACACAAAUCUACACACUGUUUAAUUAUAUGGAUCAUUGCCGUUAUUUAAUUGCAUGAAAACUCUUGUUAGACUAAACUUCUGACGACUACCUGUCCGUCCAUGCAACCAGUGAAUCUAGGUCACCCUGUAAUAUUCUAUCUGACAUAUUGUGCAUUGAUCUCACAAUAUUUAUGUCAUCUGCGAAGAGUGGAAUAAAUGGCUUCGCAACAGUUAGUAAGUCAUUUAAAUAAAGUUGAUAAAAGAGGAUCGGGGAUUGUACUUUGGGGAACUCCACUUUUUACAGAUUACCACGCCGAGAGAGUUCCAUUUACAGCAGGUGCUCUCACACAAACAACUCGAAAAUUCGAAUAUCAUGCUGUUUUGUUCGAGCGUUCUUUAUAAGUCGUGAAGUGAGUCCAAUGUAUCAUGGCUUCAUUCCUCUGCAAGCAAAACUCUUUAGUGCUUUUACUAUUGUUAUUUCUUCACAACUAUUAUGUCAUUUUUUUGCACACAUUGUAAUGUUCCAUUUAAUGUUAUAAGUGACUCUAAUAAGUUUAAACAAGGUUACUUUACACUAGUCCACUCAGUUGUUAUAGGGUCAACAUGUGUAAAAAGAAAGAAGUAUAAGAAUUUGGAUGGAAUUUUUCCAUAAACAUUAUUAUUUCUUGUUUUGUUGCUUGGAGUUUUCAUCACAGGAGAAUCAUUAGUUCAUCCCUAAAGAGAACCGAAUUUAUUUAUUCUUAUUGUUAAGAUGCACUUAUUAUUUCGUUUUAGCUUUUUGCACCUACAGAUAACAUGUCAUCCGACGGCACUAAAAAACCAUCUGAUGAUAAGAAAAAGCUACCCGAGGAUAUUAAAAAGUCAUACUCGUCUAGAGUCAAUUUUAUGGUUCAAGAAGCUUCUAAACUUGAAGUUUCUGGCAUUUCACAAUUGUACAAUUGUGUUCGACAACGUAUGAUGGAUGUUGGUUUAUUAGAGGACAAUCGAAAUCUUAGAAAUUCCAUUGAUGCUCCAUGGUUAGAUGAUGAAGCUAUACAAUUAAAAUUAUGCUAUCAAGAAGCUGUCUCUCUUUGGACAACAUGGCCAACAUCUGCUUGUGCUGAACGAAUUAAAUCAAUUCGUCAACAAUUAAAUACAAAAUUACUUGAUUUACGUCAAAAAUGGGAAGAGAAAAUCAAUAAUUGUCGUACAAUGGAUAGUAGAAAUGCUGAAAAAGUUUUAAAAUUAAAUGCAGCACAAUACAAAGAAUUAUUAUUAUUUGCAUCUGGUCACAAACAACAACACCAACAAAAUAAUGGUCCACCAUAUUGUUCAAUGCCUGUUUCCUCUUCUUCAAACAAAAGAUCCCAUCAUAAUUAUCAUCCAUAUGAUUUGAAUCGAAAUCACCAUUAUCAUCGUCAUCAACGUCAUCAUUAUCAAGAUUCAUUAAAUAUUCCACGGACUAUGAUGAAACAAUCUGAUUGUCAACCAUUUAGUUAUUAUAUUCCAAAUGAUAUGAAUAUGACACCUCAAGAUAAUCGACGUAUUCAUGGGGUAGAAUAUCAAAAUUAUUUCCAUCAAUCAUAA